AUGCAGCGGCAAUCGACUGCUCCCCCCGGGCCAUCUCUAUCUUGCGGGAACGAUGGGCUGCAGCUUGCGCGGAGCAGCAGCAGCAGCAACAACAGCAGCAGCAGCAGCAGGAAGAGCAUGCAGCAGCAGCAGGGCAUCCGCUGCCUCCGUGCUGCACAUGCAACCAACAAGUUCGAGUCGCUGCUGCUGAUCCUGCUGCUGCAUCUGCUGCAGCAGAUGCUGCAGCAGAUGCUGCUGCAGACAGUGCAGCAGAUGCUGCUGCUGCAGCAGCCGCUUCGCAUUCGCCCAAUAUCUCUGAAUGCAGCUCAGAAGCACAAGCAUGCAGGGCUGCUGCUGCAGCAGCUGCAGCAGAUGGCGCUGCUGCAGCAGCUGCAGCAGCAGAAAGCGCUGUCUCAGCUGCAGCAGCUGCUUCUGCUGCAGACGAUGAUGAAUGCUCACCGAAGACAAAUGGGAAUCACUCUGCUGCCCCCGCAGCAGCAGCAGCAGCAGCAGCAGCAGCAGAACCAGCAGCAGCAGCAGCAGCAGCAGCAGCAGAACCAGCAGCAGCCGCAGCAGCAGCAGAACCAACAGCACCAGCAGCAGCAGCAGCAGCUGCUGCUGCAGUAG